CUACCUACGUCUUGACCUGAUCGAUUAAUUUUCGCUAGGGUUUAGAUCGAGGUGGAUUAGUUUGGUCAGCGAUCGAUUUGCUGAUCGCCCCGGCACUGUGCAGGUGUGCGUGGCUGUAACGAUCGUCCUUUUGCUUUGUGCGCAGGUGAGAGGGGAUGGAGAUGAUCGGCGUGGCGGCGACGGCGGACAGCCCGGGAGGAGCGGCGGCGAGGCCGAGCAGGUACGAGUCGCAGAAGCGGCGGGACUGGCAGACGUUCGGGCAGUACCUGCGCAACCACCGGCCGCCGCUGGAGCUGGCGCGGUGCUCCGGCGCGCACGUGCUGGAGUUCCUCCGGUACCUGGACCAGUUCGGCAAGACCAAGGUGCACGCCCAUGGCUGCCCCUUCUUCGGCCACCCCUCGCCGCCGGCGCCCUGCCCCUGCCCGCUCCGCCAGGCGUGGGGCAGCCUCGACGCGCUCGUCGGCCGCCUCCGCGCCGCCUUCGAGGAGCACGGCGGCCGCCCCGAGGCCAACCCCUUCGGCGCCCGCGCCGUCCGCCUCUACCUCCGCGAGGUCCGCGACAGCCAGUCCAAGGCGCGCGGCAUCGCCUACGAGAAGAAGCGCCGGAAGCGGAGCUCGCAGCAGCCCAAGCAGAAGCAGCCGCCGCCACCGCAGCCGGACCUGCACCCACCCGUCGCCGUCUCCGCCGCCGCGACUACGGCCUCCCCCGCGCCGCUGACGGAGACGACGGUGCCGCACUUCUUGUUCCCCCACGCGCACUUCCUCCACGGCCACUACUUCCUGGCACCGGCCGGCGACCAGGCCGGUGAUGUCCCCGCAACCACGGCCACUGCCCCCGCCGCCGGCGGAGAGGACCUUGUGCUGGCCAUGGCGGCGGCCGCCGCGGCCGCCGAGGCGCACGCCGCCGGGUGCAUGAUGCCACUGUCGGUGUUCAACUAGCUUAAGCUAGCUAGGUCCGCGCCUCCACCUCCAUUAUUAACUAAUCCUAAAGCUUCUGCAGCUUCUGCUAAGCCAUCCAUGGCGAUCGAUGGCUCCCCUACCACGCAUCGCCAUUUGAUCAUCUCGCGAUCGAAAUUGCUCGCUCGCAGCGCGCGCGUGGGAGCUCCAAUUAGUGGCUAGCUGUACGUAAUCUGCAUGGUUUUGUGUACGAAAUGGUAGGGUUAAUUUAGUUAGUUUAAACUGUCGCAGUUGGUUUAGUCAAAUGGAAACAGCUAAGAUCGUCAACUGUUGGGGAGCGGAUCGAUGUUGAUUAUCUUGAUGGCUUUUUAAGUUGAUUUUUCAGAACUAGUCAAUGCAUGUAAAUUAAUUAGUCAACGCAGCAUUAAUUCCACACUACAAGUUUGUACUAGUGUUGUGCUAAUUCAUCAGUUGGCGCCUUGAGCUUAAUUUGAUGGGUUCCA